AUGGGCUCGGACGAGUGGGCGCGCCAGAGAAAGGAUAAUCACAAAGAGGUCGAGCGCCGGCGGCGCGGGAACAUCAACGAGGGGAUCAACGAGCUCGGGCGCAUCGUGCCGAACGGCUCGGGGGAGAAGGCCAAGGGCGCGAUCCUGUCGCGCGCGGUGCAGUACAUCCACCACCUGAAGGAGAACGAGGCGCGGAACAUCGAGAAGUGGACGCUCGAGAAGCUGCUGAUGGAUCAGGCGAUGGGCGACCUGCAGCAGCAGCUCGAGGAGAUGCGCCGCAUGUGGGAGGAGGAGCGC